AUGGCAGAAGUAGAACAAAAGGAACGAGAGAUAAAAAAUGCACCUAGCUUUUUAAAAGCAAACAUCUGGGAACAUUUUGGCUUUUAUGAAAAAAGUAGGAAGCACGAAUUGGACAAGUCAUACGCUGUGUGUAAAAUCUGUCACACAAAAAUUAAAUAUCUAGGGAAUACUACUAAUCUGAGAAACCACGUCAGCCGUUUUCACCCAGAAAUGCUAAAACCUACCACCACCACCACCACCACCAAGGAAAUGAACCCAGAUCAGCCAAGAAUUGAUGCAAUGUUACAGUCAACUUUGCCACCCAACUCUGAAAAGGUAAAGAGAAUAACAAAAGCUGUGGCAGCUUUCAUAGCGAAGGACCUGCGCCCUUACUCUGUUGUGGAAAACAGUGGGUUUCGCUACCUUUUGAAGACGAUAGAGCCGCGUUACAAGAUCCCGUCACGAAGUCACUUUACAGAAAACGUCAUACCUGCACUCUACCACGAAACCAAAGCUAAGAUAAUUGCAUCAAUGAGCCAAGCAAGUCGAGUCGCAAUAACGUGCGAUUCCUGGACUUCAGUCACGACAGAGUCUUAUGUUACAAUAACAGCACAUUACGUUAGUAAGGACUGGCAGAUUUUGUCGCAUGUACUGCAAACGAGAGCCAUUUAUGAGUCUCACACGGGUGCUCAUCUGGCAGAGCUACUUUCUCAUGUUGUGGAAGAAUGGCAGCUGUCCGAUAAAUCUGUAGUGCUUGUGACCGACAACGCGUCAAACAUGAUAGUUGCAGCUCAAGUUGGAAAAUUCCCCCAUGUGAAAUGCUUCGCCCAUACACUGAAUCUUGCAUCCCAGCGAGCGUUGAAAGUGGCCACUCUCUCUAGGCUUCUUGGCAGAGUACGUCGGAUAUCCACAUUCUUUCACCGCAGCACUAGAGCAAGCCACUGUCUAAAAGAGAAACAGAAAUGUCUUGGCCUGAAGAAUCAUAAGCUGAUAACUGAUGUGGCAACAAGAUGGAACAGUGCAUACGACAUGGUCGAGAGGUUCUUGGAACAACAACCUGCAGUCUGUGCCACCUUGCUGUCUCCAGAAGUCAGAAGAGGAGAGUCCGAUCUCUGCACUCUAAACGAAACAGAUGUGUCAAAUGCAGAGGACGCCGUGAGUGCAUUAAAGCCAAUGAAGGAUGCAACCAUGCUGAUGUCAGAAGAGCGCAAUCCAACAGUUUCUCUCAUUGCCCCUAUAAAUGCACAACUUCUCCAGAGCAUGACAGACACGAUGGGAGACACACCCAUGAUCCAUGAGAUCAAGAAUUCUAUUAGAACAGAUCUCCAGAAGAGGUACAGCAGUGAGGCCGAGAAGAAGAUCCUUCAUACAGCCUCUGCACUGGAUCCUCGCUUUAAGGGACUGCCUUUCAUCCUCACAGAUGAAGAAAGAUUGGAGAUAUUUAAAGGAGUCACUGAGGAAGCUGCAUCCUUGGAGAUUACAUCAGAUGAGAGUGAGAGGACACAAGAGGAUCAUCAAGUGCCUAGAAGAAAACAAACUCUGGAAGAAGAGGACAGUUCACCCAUCGAAGACAACCAUUCUGAAUCUCCACCAUCUCCUCCCAAAAAGGCCAGAUCGCUGCUCGUGAGUUUGCUGGGACAGUCUUUCACUGACACUGAAGGUACAAUAGAACCCAAAAAGACCCCCUAUGCCAAGGCUGAAGAGGAAAUGGAAAACUAUUGUAAAGCCCCACCUCUGCCUCUCACUGAGGACCCUUUGAACUGGUGGCGUGAGCAUGAGGUCAUAUUUCCCCUCCUUUCUCGGCUGUCAAAGCAAUACUUGUGUAUCCCAGGUACAAGUGUGUCUGCAGAGCGGGUUUUCUCCACUGCAGGAGAUGUGAUUCAGUUGAAAAUGUAUUCUGUCAAGGAUUUUCCAGCUUCCUCUAAUGGUGGCAUGGCUUGGCUUCAGUUGAUGUAUCGUGGUAGAGUGCUUGCUGAGUGCUCAGUGCAGAGGACACAGGGCAGCAUAGGGCUGCCCUGGUCUCUCAGUGGAGCGAGUGCCGGGGUCGAAAUGGCGUCCCCGGCUACCUCCAGACUCCCCCCAGAAGACAAGUGGAACCGGGCUCAACCUGCAGCUCCGGCGGCCUACCAGUUCCAGGGUCACCUACUCCUGCCCUCUACCCAGAUCACUGCCACUCCUUGUGCCAGCUGA